UCGGAAGCCAAACUCACUGCUCAUUUCAAGCAUUUCAAUUGUCGUCGGAUAAAGAGGAGGCGACUGGGAAGCCGAUCUGUAACUCCUAAGAGAAAUGGUGGGGAAUCAGAUGAGCUUGGCAUUCGAGAACCGUGUGUUCAACCGACGUGCGGGUCUUGGUGGUGGCCGCAUGGGCUGCACGCUUGUUACCGGCUUCCUCGGCAGCGGCAAGACAACUCUCCUCCGCCAUCUCCUCGACAAUCGCGGUGAUCUUCGCCUCGCCGUCCUCGUCAACGAGUUCGCGGACUCCGAUGUCGACUCACUUCUCCUUGAUUCCGUUCGCCUCAACGCCGCAUUUAAUCUAUCCACCGUCUCCCUGACCCACGGCUGCGCUUGCUGUAAAAUGCGUGGGCCGUUCCGUGAAUCGCUGCAACGGAUAGUCGACAGCAAACACAACUUCGAUUGCUUACUCGUUGAGACUUCCGGACUGGCUGAGCCGGAUAAGUUCGUGGCGGAGCUGGAGCAAGUUGGGAUAAAUUUGGACCUUACUGUUGCUGUCGUAGAUGCUGAGUCGCUAGAAAAGAUUAUUAAGUUGGAUAUUGUAAAGAAGCAAUUAGAGCACGUGGAUCUUGUGUUAUUGAACAAGUGUGAUCUGGCUACUCUUAGUCAAGUUGCUGAUGCAGAAGACAUUUUAGAACGAAUGACAGGAGGAGCAAAAGUUGUUCGUUCACAGUUUUGCAAGGUUCCUCUGGAUCUUGUUAUUGAUUGUAGCAAAAUUGAUGCUUUUAAUGCAGCUAAGGAAGACUGCACUGUUCCACCAGUUUUGUCCCAUGAACCAUUAUCCAAGAUGGCAUUUCGAGGGGCUACACAUGGAAAUCCUUCAGUGAAUAUUUCUUCUAGCAUUGUUGAUAGCCUGCCUUUGGCUGAUGGUGAUGGAGAAACGUCUAAGAGUCCACAGUAUGGAUUGCCCCAAGAUGUUUCUUUUUCUUCUGUUACGUUUGAAAGUGAGGCUCCAUUGUCGUUAUCCUUAUUUCAGUCAAAAGUUUUGACAAGUGUCAGCAACACAAUUGGUCUUCUCAGGGGUAAAGGCAUAUUAUGCUUUCUUGAAGAUAGGAAGAGUCGCUUUGUUUUUCAAUGGAGUGGGCUUAAAAAGGUAGAAGCCAUCAGCGCAAGACCAUGGGAUGGUGCACCCAAGUCGUGCCUUGUGUUUAUUGGCCAUGAUAAAUCUGCACUUGAUGAUCUUAUUGCUAAGAUUUUACAAAUUGCUGGUACUAUUCCUAAAUUAUCAACAAACAAUCAUAUUAGCCAGGAAUAUGCAAGAAGCUUUAGCAUGAAAGUUGCAGCAGAUGGAAGAUUUAAGGACCCCUCUCUUCAAAAGGAGCCACUUGUUAUAUUUGGUCUAAAGGGUUCACCAUUACGUGGAAUAAAGGAGGCUCAUUUAAGCGGAGCUCUUAUGCGAGUUGUUAAUGGCAAAGGCAAUAUAUUCCUCACAGCUACAGUUUCUGGAGAAGAAUACAAUUUGCAGCUUCUGCUUGAUGAAGGAUCUGAUCCAGAUGAAGCAUGGAAUGAAAUUCGGCUUGUCGCUAGUGCAGUUAUCUCCAAGAUAUGCAAAAAUUUCUGCCCAUGCAGGUCGGAGCUCGCCUCUCAUGUUCACUGACGCUUAAAUUAUGUAAAUUCUAUCUGCCAACUGAAAGGCUGACAGCUUCAGAUACUUUACGUGCACUCAAGCACCACAAAAAAAAUAUGCAGCUAUCAUAUUUUCCAGUAUAAAGCAUGUAAAUAUGGUAAAUUUAUUCAUCUCAUAAAAAAAACUUUUGAUCCGAGACUUGCUCUCAA